UAGCAGAGCAGAAAGAAAAGAGCCAUCAAAGUGAAAGGUAAAGGGGAUAUGGGAGAUUUUCCUACUGCGUGAAGGAUAUAAAACUAAAGCACGAGCGUGCGAAGCACGCUACUAUCUGAUUAGGCUCGAAUCCGUGUGGACGUGUUUGAAGAGACAAUAAUGAAACCUGACGCCAAAAUAGUGCUGCUCCUAUUUGGAGUGCUGAUGGUGAUUGGUGCCGCUUUCGGUCACGAUUCGGUUCAUCUCAGCGUGGAAGACAAACGACGCGUUGUCAGAAGUAUGCUAGACUCCCAGAAGGACAUCCGUCGGGCACUGCUCAAGAUUCGACAGCAAAUUAUGGGUAAGAUGCCACCGCACGAAGACGGCGAAGAUGGUGAUGACGAUUUCGAGGGGGACGACAACGAUAUCGACGGAUUGGAGGAGGAACCCUAUUUUAGAGAACAGCAGAAAAAAAUACGCGAGGCUCGUGAGAAACUGGAAGCAUGCGUUCGUGAGAUUGCGUCUCGAUUGAUCUCAAUGAACGAACUGAUCGAAAAGAUAGACGACAAGAUUGAUGAGGAGAUAAGAAACGCCAACAGUGAAGUAAACUACAAUUUGUUCUAUCAGCCGAACAACCCGAAGCCACCCCGUCCACCAACACUGAGACCAACGCGACCAACUUUUAGACCAUCAUUUCCAACCUUGGGACCAGCUCCAGUACCACUAGGAGGAAGCCACGGUCGCUAUCAGAAAAAUACUCUACGCGCUAGUCGUUCCUUGGAUGAUACCAUUCCUACGGGUGAUACGGAGCAGCUGAGUAAUCCGGACAUACCUAGUGUUGUGACCUACGAAGGACCCAUCCAGAAGGCGGUCCAAUUCCAUAUGAACCAACAACAAAUUGAAGCUUGAUUGGGAACAAAGUCGAAGUGCACGCUACACACUUUUUUAUUGAAUACAUACUUUUUAUUUCUUUUUAAAAA